AUGGGCACCGUGGCGGUGAUCAUCAUUGCCAUCGUCAUGGCAACCAAGCAGCGGGGACGCAACACAGCGCAGCGAGCUUUUGCGAACGUCCUGGACACAGAUCCGACCAGUGCCUUGAACUUUGUACUGGAAGGGAGAGCAAGGGACACCAUUGCUCCACAUUGGCUCCCUUGCAUUCUGCAAAUUCCGCCGGUCGUUUUGGCUCACUGCUGGUCCGCAGAACCGGCGUCGAGAGCAGCCCGACGUUCCAAUGGCCUCGGGGCCUUGCUGCUUUUCACCGCCGUCUACAUGAUCCUGGACACGUGGACCUCGACGGACGCGCUGCCGCGUGAUUUGGCCCUGGUGGUGGCGGAUGAUGCGGCCGCGGAUGAUGGUGGCUUCUUCACCAAGGUCUUCGCGGCAGCUGCACAGGGAUGCACGGCGGCCCUCGUGGCUGCCAUCCUGUCUGCCAUUUGCGAGCCGUUUGUGAACCGCCUGCUGGUGAAGCGAAUGACCCUGGCGCAGGCCUACGCCGAGGUCAACUUCAACCUCAUUGCAAACUUCUUCCUCACCACCUUCCCCACCAACAUGCUGAAGUUCCCUGUCUUCGAGGUGAUCAACAGGGCCAUGAUGUACACGAGCCUGUCGCCGGGACUGAGCGGCUUCAUCAGCGGCUGGCUGUUCUGCACCAUCAUGCUCCCCGUGACGAACUACCGAUUCCGCAAGAGCAUGGGCUGGGAGAUCAAGGCGUCGCUCCUGUACCAAGCCUACGUCCCCACCGUGGCUCGCGACAUCAUCUAUGGCUGGGCUCGUGGACUGGCCAACACUUACCUGCAGGACACCAUCGCCCCUUCGACCUUCACCCACAAGGCAAUGGUUUUCGGCCUGACCAUCUGGAUCUCGUGCCUCAUCUCCUCCCCUUGCAACGAGUGGCGAGGGUACACGCUGCAGCCCCCAGACAAGAAGCUGCCGUUCAACAUCUACUUCAAGCCCAUCAACUAUGCACGAUCCACAGGAAUCGGCUCCUCCAUCAUGGGCAUUGCGCUGAUGUUCGGCAUGCUGGUGACGCCGUAUGCUGAGGAGGCUUUCGGGUACUUUAAAGAACACACGGCCAUCGCCAUGGCCACCGUGGCGGUGAUCAUCAUUGCCAUCGUCAUGGCAACCAAGCAGCGGGAUCUUUUCCGCGAAAAGCUGCCGUCCGUAUCGCUCUGUGGGAUUCUGCCGCGGGGUGCAAGUGUCCUGGACACAGAUCCGACCAGUGCCUUGAACUUUGUACUGGAAGGGAGAGCAAGGGACACCAUUGCUCCACAUUGGCUCCCUUGCAUUCUGCAAAUUCCGCCGGUCGUUUUGGCUCACUACUGGUCCGCAGCAGCCCGACGUUCCAAUGGCCUCGGGGCCUUGCUGCUUUUCACCGCCGUCUACAUGAUCCUGGACACGUGGACCUCGACGGACGCGCUGCCGCGUGAUUUGGCCCUGGUGGUGGCGGAUGAUGCGCCCGCGGAUGAUGGUGGCUUCUUCACCAAGGUCUUCGCGGCAGCUGCACAGGGAUGCACGGCGGCCCUCGUGGCUGCCAUCCUGUCUGCCAUUUGCGAGCCGUUUGUGAACCGCCUGCUGGUGAAGCGAAUGACCCUGGCGCAGGCCUACGCCGAGGUCAACUUCAACCUCAUUGCCAACUUCUUCCUCACCACCUUCCCCACCAACAUGCUGAAGUUCCCUGUCUUCGAGGUGAUCAACAGGGCCAUGAUGUACACGAGCCUGUCGCCGGGACUGAGCGGCUUCAUCAGCGGCUGGCUGUUCUGCACCAUCAUGCUCCCCGUGACGAACUACCGAUUCCGCAAGAGCAUGGGCUGGGAGAUCAAGGCGUCGCUCCUGUACCAAGCCUACGUCCCCACCGUGGCUCGCGACAUCAUCUAUGGCUGGGCUCGUGGACUGGCCAACACUUACCUGCAGGACACCAUCGCCCCUUCGACCUUCACCCACAAGGCAAUGGUUUUCGGCCUGACCAUCUGGAUCUCGUGCCUCAUCUCCUCCCCUUGCAACGAGUGGCGAGGGUACACGCUGCAGCCCCCAGACAAGAAGCUGCCGUUCAACAUCUACUUCAAGCCCAUCAACUAUGCACGAUCCACAGGAAUCGGCUCCUCCAUCAUGGGCAUUGCGCUGAUGUUCGGCAUGCUGGUGACGCCGUAUGCUGAGGAGGCUUUCGGGUACUUUAAGGAACACACGGCCAUCGCCAUGGCCACCGUGGCGGUGAUCAUCAUUGCCAUCGUCAUGGCAACCAAGCAGCGGGGACGCAACACAGACACAGCGAGCUUUUGCGAAGUCGACUCGCGCCACACCGUCUGUCAGGUAAAUGUCGGCCUGGCGCGCCCUGGCCGGCUCCUCCCAAGUGAAUCUGGCAGACAUCUCUUUGCCGCAGCAACUAUGCUGUGGCACGGAGGAAUCCUCUCAGUGCAGCUUUCCCAGCGAAUCUUUAUCGCGCGCCAGACCCGCACUCGAUCAACCGUUCCGCUCAUUGCCGCCUUGGCCUGCUGCCUCCUGUGGAAUGCGGGCUUGCACCAGAGCUUUGCCAGCCCCUCCGUCGCCGUGCAGCACGAUAGCUCCACUGCGCUGACACGGUCUUCUAGCAGCAGGACUUGGACGGUGGGGUCUCUGCGUGAGCAGUCGCGUGAUCAGUCUGCUGUGGCAACGGCUGCUGCGGCGGCCCCCAACUUCUUCAGCAAGGUGUUCGCCGCCGGUGCUCAGGGAGCCACCGCGGCAUUUGUGGCAGCAAUUCUCUCUGCCAUCUGCGAGCCCCUAGUGAACCGCCUGCUGGUGAAGCGGAUGACGGUCUCUCAGGCACUCAAGGAGAUGAAUUUCAAGCUAAUCUCCAACUUCUUCCUGACGACUUUCCCCACCAACAUGCUGAAGUUCCCUGUCUUCGAGAUCAUCAACAUGGCCAUGACCUUCACUGCCUUCAGCCCUGGCUUGAGCGGCACCAUCAGCGGAUUCCUGUUCUGCACUGCCAUGCUGCCCGUCACGAACUACCGCUUCCGCAAGAGCAUGGGCUGGGAGAUCAAGCCGGCCCUUCUUUACCAGGCAUAUGUGCCAACGGUCGUGCGCGACAUUCUGUACGGCUGGGCUCGUGGCUUCGUGGCGGUCGCACUUGCAGGGGUGUGGAAGCCCCAGACCUUUACGCAGGAGGCCUUUGUGUUCGCCUUCGUCAUCUGGGCAGCUUGCAUCAUCUCCUCGCCCUGCAACGAGUGGCGUGGAUACACCCUGCAGCCCAAGGACAAGAAGCUGUCCUUCGGUGAGUACUUCAAGCCCAUCAACUACGCGCGCUCCACUGGCAUUGGUGCAACCAUCAUGGGCAUCUCGCUCUUUGUGGGCCGCCUGGUCACUCCCUUCGCAGAGACCGCCUUCGCGUACCUGAAGGGACACCCCGCUGCCGGAGUGGCUGCUCUGGUUGUCCUGCUGGGAGGCUUCAAGCUGAUCAGCGGAGGGGAAGAGGAGAAGGCUGAGGAGGAGGCAGACGAGGAUUUGGCGGUUCUGUGCUUCGCACGAGAGCUGACUGUGCGAGUUGAGGAUGAGAACGACAUGCCUGGAGCCGUGUGGCGAGACAUGGGAUGCAGGUUCAUGUUCCAAAGAGAGGCCCGUCAGAACCAGAGCCGCCGCCGUUCCCCGAUCCUGGCCGCCUUGGCGACCGGCCUUGUGUGGGGUGCCAGCCAGUCGUGGAGCUUUGCCAGCCCAGCGGUUGGUGUCCAGCACGAGAGCUCCACAGCCUUGACGCGAUCCUCCGCUUCAAGGACAUGGGCCACCGGGAGCCUCCCCCGUGACCACUCCUCUGUUGCGACAGCGGCGGCUGCAGCGGCAGCACCCAAUUUCUUCAGCAAGGUGUUCGCCGCCGGUGCUCAGGGAGCCACCGCGGCAUUUGUGGCAGCAAUUCUCUCUGCCAUCUGCGAGCCCCUAGUGAACCGCCUGCUGGUGAAGCGGAUGACGGUCUCUCAGGCAAUCAAGGAGAUGAAUUUCAAGCUCAUCUCCAACUUCUUCCUGACGACUUUCCCCACCAACAUGCUGAAGUUCCCUGUCUUCGAGAUCAUCAACAUGGCCAUGACCUUCACUGCCUUCAGCCCUGGCUUGAGCGGCACCAUCAGCGGAUUCCUGUUCUGCACUGCCAUGCUGCCCGUCACGAACUACCGCUUCCGCAAGAGCAUGGGCUGGGAGAUCAAGCCGGCCCUUCUUUACCAGGCAUAUGUGCCAACGGUCGUGCGCGACAUUCUGUACGGCUGGGCUCGUGGCUUCGUGGCGGUCGCACUUGCAGGGGUGUGGAAGCCCCAGACCUUUACGCAGGAGGCCUUUGUGUUCGCCUUCGUCAUCUGGGCAGCUUGCAUCAUCUCCUCGCCCUGCAACGAGUGGCGUGGAUACACCCUGCAGCCCAAGGACAAGAAGCUGUCCUUCGGUGAGUACUUCAAGCCCAUCAACUACGCGCGCUCCACUGGCAUUGGUGCAACCAUCAUGGGCAUCUCGCUCUUUGUGGGCCGCCUGGUCACUCCCUUCGCAGAGACCGCCUUCGCGUGCUUUGGCCGCAUGUCUUUGCCCUUGCCGUACCUGAAGGGACACCCCGCUGCCGGAGUGGCUGCUCUGGUUAUCCUGCUGGGAGGCUUCAAGCUGAUCAGCGGAGGGCCCCUUGCCUUCAAACAGGAGGAGGAGGAGAAGGCUGAGGAGGCGGAGGAGACCACCGAGGAAGCAAAGGCUGAUUAA